GGCUGUGGCGGCGGCGGGUGGGAAAUGGCGGAGUAUUUGGCCUCCAUCUUCGGCACGGAGAAAGACAAGGUCAACUGUUCGUUUUAUUUCAAAAUUGGAGCAUGUCGUCAUGGAGACAGAUGCUCUCGGUUGCACAACAAACCAACCUUUAGCCAGACCAUUGCCCUCUUGAACAUUUACCGUAACCCUCAAAACUCUUCCCAGUCUGCUGACGGUUUGCGCUGUGCUGUGAGCGAUGUUGAAAUGCAAGAACACUAUGAUGAAUUUUUUGAGGAGGUUUUUACAGAAAUGGAAGAAAAGUAUGGUGAAGUGGAGGAAAUGAAUGUCUGUGAUAACCUCGGCGAUCAUCUAGUUGGAAAUGUAUAUGUAAAGUUCCGCCGUGAAGAAGAUGCAGAAAAGGCUGUGAUUGACUUAAACAAUCGUUGGUUUAACGGGCAGCCGAUUCAUGCUGAGCUUUCCCCCGUGACUGAUUUCAGAGAAGCCUGUUGCCGUCAGUAUGAAAUGGGAGAAUGUACACGAGGAGGAUUCUGUAACUUUAUGCAUUUGAAGCCUAUCUCCAGAGAACUGCGGAGGGAGUUGUACGGGCGUCGUCGUAAAAAGCAUCGAUCCCGGUCGCGGUCUCGUGAACGUCGGUCUCGAUCCAGAGAUCGUGGCCGCGGGGGCGGAGGCGGUGGAGGAGGAGGUGGCGGCGGUGGAGGAGGAGGAGGAGGAGGAGGAAGGGAACGGGAUAGGAGGCGGUCGAGAGAUCGGGAAAGAUCUGGUCGAUUCUGAGCCAUGCCAUUUUUACUGUAUGUCUGCUAGAAGUGUUGUAGUUGAUUGACCAAACAAGUUCAUAAUGGGAAUUUUUUUUAAAAAACAAAAAAAGAUGGGCUUCUGAAUAAAAAUUUGUAGUGUUACAGUAUUCUUGGUGUAACUUGUUUCUUGUGGGAAGUCUUUUCUAAUUGUCAUUUCUUUACCUUGACAAAUCCAAGAAUUGGCGGUGGAAGGUGGAGGUGAAGGUGAUCGAUUCUGUUACCCAUGUACCCAUUUUUACCUCCCGGGUAUAAAGAAAACCUUAUUUCUGAACUUGAUUUAUAGCAUCCAAAACCUCUGUCAUUUAGAGAGAAGGUUAAGGGCAAUUAAAGAGGGAGAAAAUCCCUUAAAUCUGAAAUAGUCAAGCCAGUUCAAAUUUUUUUGAAGUCUCCUUCCUGCUCAGCUAUUAGCGUAUUUAGGUUAGUUUAGGCAAACUUGGAGAGGCUGUACAAAGUCCAUUUAUUUACCCUGUAGAAGUGCUUAGGUAUAAAUGUUUUAUUUGUCACCAAAAAAUCUCUGCACUGUAAACCGUGGCAUUUAUAAUCAAGCCAGCCCUUUUCGGCAUAAAGUGUAAAGUCUUAAAUCUUUACUCCUAUUUCUAUCAGUUUUACUAGGCUAGAUUAUGCUCAUUAUAAGGUGUAAUGUGUAAGACAGUAACUAAAGGUCAUAGCAUGGCUUAGAAGGCAGAACUCUUCCGUGCAGUAUUGUAUGAUGCCAGUGACUCGUAACGGGCCAUUCAACCACUGUGCCAAAACUUACAGAAGACAAUACUACUGUAUGACUAUGGAAGCUUUGCACUAAAAUUUCUCUAGUUGCUCUUUUCUCCAGAUCUGUGUCUUAAAAAGGUAGAGCAAAGAGCGAUUUCCCCUCGUGGGGUAUUUGCAUAGUCAAGCGGAGAGGCAGGUAUGUAUGUUACAUCUGACCUUCAUGUAGAAGCAAAUAUGGCCAUUGGUUUAUAUUGUAAAAAAAAAUUACCUUCUUUGCAGCUGUGAUGAAAAAAUGUACUUUCUCCAAAAGCAAGAAGCCACCCACCAGGCCGAGAAAAGCUGUGCUCCUACGAGACUUAACAAAAAACUAAAUCACCACAGCUGUAAGUGGAGCUGAUCUGACAGAUACAUAUAUAUAUUUAUAUAUAUAUAGAUAUAUAUCUAUAUCAGUUAUCUUGACAUAGCUCAAAUCAAGGAGGUCUGGCCUUCCUCGUUCUACAGUCGUUUCACUGUAUAGUCAAUUAGACCGCCAUUUACCUUUGGAAAUAGUAGUGUCAGGAGUUGGGACUUUCAUAUUAUGGAAAGGACUUAAAAAGACAAAUCUUUCUUAAAUCACUGAAGUAACCUUUUGGUAGUAAGAGCGAAAUCUGUCAAAUGACACAUUUACCCCCAUAUCUAGUCUGUUCAGUUAGAUGUGUCCAUAUGUUUUUUUCUGCAAUUAUGCUGCGAUUUGUACAGUGCAGGUGAUUUUUUUUUUUUCUUGAGGGGGUGGGGGAGGGGGAGGGAGGAUGGAUGUGUGGACAUGUGUGGAUGUGUGUGUGGAUGUGUGAAAUUUAUAUAUAAAUUAGUAGUGAACCAGGAAGUUUGGUUUUAAUUGUUGUUUCCCAAAUCAAAAAUUAAGUGGCUACCGUAUUUCCUGUAUCAGAGAUUUGGCCCCCCACCAAGAAAAGUCUAUUAGCCAGUUAGACUGAGUCCCUGUCUAGAAGGAAGUGGUGAGUUUUUCUGUGUAUUUCUUAACUUUACGUUAAACCCUAAAAAGUGAAUUCCCUUUUGGAUCACCCACAGUGUUUAAAGAUCACCAAAUGUCAACUGAAAUAAUUAAAGGUUAAGUUUACCAGGUAGAAGGGAAUAACCCCAUUCGCUCUUUUUGUUUCUCUGGGUUCUGAAGAAUGAGCUGGAUUGUGGAGAGGGAAAAUUUUGUUCCAAAGAUGACACCUACACUUCGUUGCUACUACUGUUUUGGUGUAUUAUUAAAACCAGUGACUAGCAGCUGAAUUAAAAUACUUAAGGAACUCAUGGAGUUUAUUGAUGAAGUAGUAUCUUCACUUUCGCUCCAAGUGUAUUUUCUUUUUAAUUAGAAAUUAAUCAUCCCAAGUUGCAUUUUUAUUUGUAUUAGGUUCAAAUCCAAUUAUUUCUGUAAAAUGUUGCUUGUCCAUGAAUAUUAUAUGAUGUAUGUUAAAGACUGUAAAACCAAAUGGAGAAAAGUUGUUCAAAAUAAAGAUUUUUUUUAUAAGUAA